AUGAAGGACCUAGACCAGCAUGGACAAAGUCAUCUGGACAGUCUGAUCUGCACGGCUCUGUCCAGUUUGAUGUUGGUUCUACAGGGACUUAUGGGCUCAGUCAGUGGUUGUCCUGGUGUCUGCACCUGCUACAGCAACACAACUGACUGCUCUGCUGUUGGCCUCCUCUCUCUGACACCAAUCCUAGGGCUGCUGGGCCAGGACUCUCUGGCCCUCCGCCUACCCCAGAACAACCUCUCCCUCCUGGGCAAGACUGACCUGUCCAACCUCAGCAGCCUUGAGAUCCUGGAUCUUUCCCAGAACCACUUUUCCACCCUGCAGCCUGGAGCUUUCUUAGGCCUGAGCAGCCUGCGCUGGUUAAAUCUCUCUACUAAUUAUCUUGGCAUACGUCUGCCAACCUCUGAGUUCAACCGCAGCACAGUAAUUGGCCAACGUUUGAGUGAAAGUCAGGAGAGUAUUGGCUUAAGCAAGGAGGUUUUUAAUGGGCUGUGGCAGCUGCGUGGACUUGACCUGUCCUCAAACGGCCUCCUGUGGCUGCCUAAGGGACUGCUGGAUGGGCUUCAGAGACUCACCUGGCUGUCCCUGGCCAGCAACCGGUUGGUGGCCCUGGAGAGAGUCACAUUUGAACCCCUGGUGGGGCUACAGCAGCUCCUGCUGAUGGGAAACCCCUGGGAGUGCGACUGCAAGCUGAGAGACUUCAAGCACUGGAUGGAGUGGUUGAUUUACAGGGAUGGGCAGGUAGAUGCAAUGCAGUGCAGUCUCCCAGGGGAUUUAAAGGGCAGGGACAUCCGCAGCGUGCCAGCAGAGAUGUUCAACUACUGCCUGCAGAGUCCAACCAAGGAGGGCGCGUCAGGUUACGCCACCCGACCUCCCUGCCCGCCCGGUCGGGUCAGCAGCACCGACGAAUGUGUUCGCCAGCGCUACAGGCCUGUCAGUGUCCGCCGGGCACACGGCACACAAAUAGUUGCAGGAGUGGUUUGUGGCACAGUGUGUGUCAUGAUGGUGGUUGCCGCAACCUACGGCUGUGUCUACGCCUCACUGGUGGCACGGUACCAGAGAGAAAUGAAGAGUCGUGGGCAGCCUCUAAUGGCCGAGUCCGGAGCCGACACCGACCUGGAGGACGGGCAAAUGUCAUCGCCGACCUCACCGCAGGAGACGCCGCCUAAAGAGGCCUGCAGCUUUGUGCAUGGUUAUCGAAUCAGCAGCUUCUGA